AUGUUCGAACAACGGAAAGGGGUCCUGCGGCGCCGCAAGCGCUUCAAGCGCGCGGAGCUGCCCGCGCCCCCGCCGCCCGCGCCGCCCGGCCCCUACGCGCCCUUCCCGCCCGGCCCCGGGCCCGCGCCGCCCGCGCGCCUCUUCGGCGUGGACGGCCUGGGGAGCCUGCCGCCCGAGCUGGCGGGGCUGGGCGCCCCGGAGCCGCCCUGCUGCGCCGCGCCCGACGCCGCCUUCCCGCCCUGCGCCGCCGCCUUCCCGCCGCUCUACGCGCCCGCGCCCGAGCGCCCGGGGCUGCCCCCGCGCCCCGCCGAGCCGCUGCUGGCCUUGGCCGGGCCGCCGGGAGCGCUGGGCCCGCUCGGCCCGCUGGGCCCCGGGGAGGCCUACCUGAGGCCGCCGGGCUACUUGCCGGGCCUGGAGCGCUACCUGUGA